CUGGCCAUGCUACAAUAUACUACUACUAGUGCGCGGCCCCCUUCGGCUGGAAGAUAGAGACAGAGAGCACAAAGCGUCCUCUUCUUCUCGGCGGCGGCGGCGAAAGGCGAACGAGCGAGGAACCCUAACCCUAACCAGUUCCGAUCCGCAAGGCCUGCGUCGAUGGCGGCUUCCCUCCGCGCGGCGGCGACGAGGAUGCUGCGCCCGGCGGUGCUUCCAGGGGAGGGGCGUCGCCUGCUCGUCCACACCCAGCAGCUUUCCAAAUCAACCCGCGCCUACGAGGAAGGAAACCAUGCCUUGAAUGAAUACCGUGCGUCGCUUAUCCAGCAGAGGAAGGAGCAGCUGUACGUUCUCAUUGCCGGCGCCGAGGCCAAUUCCCGCACCUUCUUGCUGAACAAAAGUCUGCUCAAGGAUCUCUCUACACAAGUCAAGCCUAGACCAGAGGACCCUCAAUGGCGCAAGAUAUGUAGAACCAAGAAGGUGACCAACUUCACUAGGUCGGCGGGUAUUCUUGUUAUUUCUGGGCUCACUUAUUAUGCCUUGACUUCCCGUCCUGAAAUCGUAAGGUAUGGUGACUAUCUUGUUACUGCUGAGAGUGUGCCCAUGAUACAAGAGAGGCUGGAGGCGCAAGUAAUACAAGAGAGACUGCGGAGAGUUGCUACUGCUGAGGGAGUGAACAAGCAAGAUGGACAUCAGCCUGUUGCUACUGCUGAGGAAGUGGACAAGCAAGAUGAAUGUCAGUGUGUUGCUAGUGCUGAGGAAGUGGACAAGCAAGAUGGAUAUCAGCCUGUUGCUAGUGCUGAGGGAGUGGACAAGCAAGAUGGAUAUCAGCCUGUUGCUAAAGCAAGUUGAAUGAAGACGAAAUGUAUCUCUUGUUUGAUGGAGAAGCAAGACGAUAUCAGUUCCAUUACAGCUCUAUGUUAUGUAUGUCUCUUGAAAUAUAUAUCCAUCUAUGAUCUGCCACCUAGAAGUUAGUAGUAGUAUAACUGGAUGAUCUGUGAUUGCAUUGUAGGAUAUGUGUGAUGUUGCUGGCCUGCCAUGUUACCCUUUGAGUCUAAAACUUGAGCAGUAUUAUAACUGGACGAUCUGUGAUGGCGUUGUAAGAUAUAUGUGAAUUGCUGGUGUGUUA